CUGACCUGAGACUCAAAGGUGUUUUCUCUCUUAAACAUCAGCAGAACAGACCAUGAAGCUCAUCCACACUGACAGGCAAUGUAGGAUCCACAAGCUGUGUGACAGGGACAGCCAUGAGUGAAGACACUGAUGGACUAGCAGAGCUGGACAAUGCGGAGCUGGCCGACAUGGUGGCCGCCAUGAGCGUGGCAUCCAACCGGAUGACCGCUCCCAACGGUCACCGAAGGCCCCCUGCACCAGCGCGCCGGAAGCUGUCAUUGUCAGACAGGAAGCUAUCAUUGCAGGAGCGAUCAACCCAGCCGCGAGAGGCCCGACAGCCCACCAUCGAGUCUAAGCGGGUGUCCAUCUCAGAUUCCCAGAAUUGUAUCCAGCUCAACCAAUACAAGUUGAAGGAUGAGAUUGGAAAGGGCUCAUAUGGGGUGGUGAGAUUAGCUUACAAUGAAGAUGAUGAACAAUACUAUGCAAUGAAAGUUUUUUCAAAAAAGAAGUUGAUGAAGAUGUGUGGAUUUCCUCGGCGUCCCCCUCCUCGAGGAGCCAGCACAGAACAGGGACUGCCACCCAAACCCCUGGGGCCACUGGAGAGAGUCUACCAAGAGAUCGCAAUCCUGAAGAAACUAGACCACCUUAACAUUGUCCAUUUGGUGGAGGUUCUUGAUGAUCCUGCUGAAGAUAAUCUCCACAUGGCCUUUGAGUUAAUGCCAAAAGGCCCAGUGAUGGAGGUGCCCUCAGACACUCCCUUCACAGAGGAACAAGCCCGCUUCUACUUCAGAGACAUCAUCCUGGGGAUUGAAUACUUGCACUACCAGAAGAUCAUCCACAGAGACAUCAAGCCUUCCAACCUGUUGCUGGGAGACAAUGGGCAUGUGAAGAUUGCAGACUUUGGUGUCAGUAACCAGUUUGAGGGGAGUGAUGCUCUGCUGUCUAGCUCAGCAGGGACUCCAGCCUUCAUGGCCCCAGAGAUGAUGACUGACCAUGAACAGAGCUUUACUGGCAAGGCCUUGGAUGUGUGGGCCAUGGGAGUCACCCUGUACUGCUUUGUCUAUGGGAAGUGCCCUUUCAUCGAUGAAUACAUCAUUGGCCUGCACAAUAAGAUCAGGAACAGGCCUGUGGAGUUCCCAGACAUGCCGGAAGUAUGCAAGGAGUUGAAGGAUCUUAUUGUAAGGAUGCUGGAUAAAAAUCCUUAUACAAGGAUCACCAUUCCUGAAAUCAAGGUGAAAGCGGGCAGAGCUAGACCUUCAAUGGUGCUUUAAAAAAAACAGUCCUUCAUGAAACCAUCUUUGACAUUUCAAAUGAAAUGUUACAGUAGUAGAGUUGUCCCAGUAGAGCUGUCUCAUGUGUUGUGUGACUAUUGUCCUCCCUGUCCUGUGUGUUGCCAGGAGCACCCGUGGGUGACAGAGGAUGGCACUGACCUUCUACCCCUGGAGGAGGAACACUGCACCGUGGUGGAGGUCACUGAGGAGGAGGUCCAGAACUCUAUCAAACUCAUCCCCAGUCUGUCUGCUGUGAUCCUGGUGAAGUCCAUGCUGAGGAAGAGGUCCUUCAGUAACCCCUUUGUGUGUCAGAACAGGAGGGCAGAGAGGUCCAUGUCCGCUCCAGGAGGUAUUCUUGCAGACUCUUGGGGGAGUUUGGAAUCCAAGGUUCAUCCUUCGUUGAGGAAGUCAAGCAGAGUAGCAGAGUUGGAUGGAAGCGUGGAAGGAGAGUUGGAGGACCUUACUGAAGAUGAUGGUACAUUUGCAUAGGCCUGCUGGUAAACCUGCUCCCACACUAUUUUUUUAUUUCGUUUUUUUAAUUUUCUCAUUGACCUGUUUAAAUUAAUGGACAGACCUGUUUAAACUCUUUGCUGUAUCUUCACAUAGUAUGUAAUAUUAAUGUGAUGUAUUUGAAGAAAGAUCCAAAUGAAAGAGCUUACCCCGAUACAGUCUUUAAGAAAGAUUUGUGAUAAACCUUAUAUAUAUCAUAUAAUUACAGUACAAACCAUGUGUUAGUUUGUUUUAACUUUUGUCUUAUCCCAUCUGCAUGAUGUUUGUGUCAUAGGUUUCAUUGUCUAUUCAUGACUGUACUAUAGUACUCUUAAUAGCCUGAAUGCCUUUUGUACUGUUAGCUCUGUGUUUCUCCAAAUAUUACACCUAUGUGCUGAACUGAAAUGUGGUUGUUACAAUGUAAAUAUUUACCAUUCCAAAGAAGUCAUUUUUGCAUGCUUUCAUACAGUUGAUGUUGACGAUAGUUAAAGUUAGCAAAUUAACAUUCUUGUUUGUUCUCUGUAUGGCUCUCUCUAACAGGAUGUGCUGACUCUUGCGCGCAGGUGUUAUUAACGUCCUAUAGUGCAAGCAAUCUUUAAUCUGGAGCCGAUAAAAAAAAAAAGAGUAGGACUAAAUGCUUUAUUAUAUUUUUUUUUACUGUUGUACAAGAUGAAGUGAAUAACAUCACAUCUAGAACUCCAUCAAGAUGUCAAAUGGACUUCUGGAACAUUUGUCAGAAUAGCCUGACCACAGCUUUUAGGACAACAUUCAGAUUUAAGAGUGAAAAACAAGUGUCGACACAAAGUCUGCAUUGCGAGGAGCUAAAAAGUGGCGCUUAUUCUGAAUCAUCUCAGCUGACAUGAAAGUCAUAUAAUAUCACAAUGUAAACAUGUGAAUAAGACAAAAGACCUGUUUUUGGUUUGGCUUUUUUCAUUGGUGCUUUUGAAAUUCUGAAGUUUACCACAUAAUUUUCAACAAUAUGGCCACAUAUUUGUUCAUAUUGAUAUUCCCUCAUGUCAUGGCCCAGUAAGCUAUUCAAGUAUGGCUCUCUGACACCAUCCACAUGUUUUUGUAAAAAACCGACUGGAAUAACACUUGUAUUAUUGUGACAGGGUAGGAACCUGGGCCCAGAUUCACAAAACCUUCUCAAGAGAAAUGUCUUCUUAAUUCACCCUCAAACUUAAUCUGAAAGUUUCAGUAUUGAUUAUUUUAAACCCAAGAACAUGUUUUAGAACAGUAAUCGCAAUAAUAAAUAUGCCAACAUGAUUACCAUUGCUAGCUAGCUAGCUAGCUAGCUAAAUGGGUUGCCUAGAGAUUACUGUUCUAAAACAUGUUCUUGGGUUAAAAUAAUCAAUACUGAAACUAUCUUAGAAUUUCCAAUAACUUUAGUUCAAGAAUCUACAUUUCUUCUUAACUUUUUGCUUAAGGAGAAAUAGCUCAAGAACAUUUCCAAUAACCUUUUUGAAGAAUAGCAACUUUUCUGAACUUUCUUCUUAAGUCUAUAGUUAUGGAGAAAAUGACAGUUAAAAAUAAUUUUUUUCUUAAGAACAUUUUGUGAAUCUGGGCCUCUGUGAAUUUGGGCCCCUGGGACCUUAAUUAGAAUGGGACAGGUCAAAAGUAUCAAAGCGCCCGUAUGACGUUUUUAGGUAAGCGAUUUUGUACCUGAAGUUGAUGGAGACUGUGUCUGAGAACCAUUUUGAGAACUGUGCUGUUUUGAAGAAAUGUUUGGGGUGUGGGCAAUUGUACUAAGGUAUGUGUCUACUUUGAUUUUCAGUGUUUGUUUAUUCAAAAUUGACAGACAUAUAGUCACAGGCCUUAUGUUCAAUGUCCCUGUUUCUUUGUAAAUAUACCACUAGAUGGCACCCUUCUGUCUAACUGUAUCAUCUAUUGUGCCUCAGGCCAGUUUUUUUCUCCAUUGUUCUUCAUACAGAGGCUACAUUAGGCUUGCUUCAGACAUAUUAUUGUGUAUUUCUGUUGAAUGAUCUAAUACCACUUGCCAACGACCACAAUGAAACAUCAUGCCAUUUGUCCCAUGCUUUUUUUCUUUCAAUGGUCAGGGAACACCUUGAUGUCACACAAUGCAUGUAAAGGUGUGCCCACUCUUGAUAAGAAAGAGGUGCACAUAUGAAGUCCAUACGUCUCUGUCAUGCACUCCUCAGCAAGAGGAGGUAAAAAUAGGUGUGUUUAUCCUGUGUACUAUAGAGCCAUUUAUCUCAAGGGGCUGUGAUACGAGUCAUAUGUGUUAUGACAGGGGAUUUGGAUAGACACACAGUCCCUUUAUCUAAAAUAAACACUCCAGGGGUUAAGUUUCCCUAUAUUGAAGUGAGUGACUUACUGCACAGGUGUUAGGGGUACAUGCUAAAUGCACAGCCUCCAUGUGAUCUGUAACAAAAUAAAAAAGGCAUGUUCAUUAAUUUCUUGAAACAUGCACAUCACUUUGAA